GUUUCUAUUGGCCAGAACCAACCAAUCACAGUUUUAAAUGUUUCCCAAUCGCAAGGAUUUUUUUUUUGACGCUGCAUUAGUUGUUAUAUAACGACUUCAACUUCACAUUUGCUCCACUUUUCACCUUGGUUUCUCCGCGGCAGCUGCUGCUUUGUACCAAUUUUAGAGAUUUACGUUUCUGAAACACCAUAGCCAUGUCUGGAAGAGUUGUGUUGCACUACUUCAACGGGAGAGGGAAGAUGGAAUCAAUCCGCUGGCUUUUGACAGUUGCAGAAGUGGAGUUUGAUGAGAUGUACCUGACAACUCGUGAUCAGUAUGAAAAACUCCUAAGUGAUGGAGCUCUCAUGUUCCAGCAAGUUCCCCUGGUGGAAAUUGAUGGCAUGAAGCUUAUUCAGACAAAGGCAAUUUUGAAAUACAUCGCCGAGAAGUACAAUCUUUAUGGAAAAGAUAUCAAAGACCGCGUAAUGAUCAACAUGUACUCAGAGGGACUGAUGGACCUUAUGGAAAUGAUCAUGAUAUUGCCCUUCACCCAAGACCCCAAACCAAAACUGGACAACAUUCUGAGUAAAGCCAAAGAGCGCUACCUUCCAGUGUUUGAAAAGGUGUUGUCCGGGUCCAUCUACCUGGUGGGAGGUAAACUAAGCUGCGCAGAUGUGCAGCUGCUUGAAUGCACCCUGAUGUUGGAGGAGAAAUUCCCUGGAAUUCUUGCAGAUUUUCCCAGCGUUAAGUCUUUCCAGGGCAGGAUGAUCCAGAUUCCUGCCAUCAACAGGUUCCUUCAGCCAGGCAGCAAGAGGAGGCCACAGCCAGAUGAAAUCUAUGUGAAGACAGUCCUGGAGGUGUUACAACUUAAACUUCCACUGUAAUGAACUCCAAAAGUUCGGGUACCUUUCUCAUAAUGGCAGAGUGAAUGAUUGAUUGUGUAGGCACAGCCUGUAAGGCAUAUGGAUCAGUUGCAUUUACCAGUUUAUGAAUGAGAUGAGUACUGCACUGUACAUCUCAAAAUAACACGUCAUUUAGCUUGAAAAUAAUCAGUGUAAUUUGUCCUUUUAAUGUGAAAGCUCUAAUAAACAGUGUUAAUAUUUGUGGAA